AUGUUCAGCGUCAAGGCCUCAGGAUCUCCCAAGAUCACUGCCGGCAAAAGUUGUAGAGAACGAACCAUUGAAGACUCUUUGAGAGACCUCGAGAUAUUCCUGAGAGCCCGCAAAGCAAGAAAAGACACUGCCGAUGAAAACACCGUCCAGACAUUAAGUGGUAGUAGUGACAGUGGUUAUAGCGCGCUCCUGAGUGAACCUGCAAGUUUCCAGAGCACUUUUACCGACAAUUCCCUAAUUCAAAGUGCGGGCACAGAUAUUAAUAACGAGUCAAAAGGGCAGUUUUCUCCAAGUGAUGUGGCCCUCACUAACAAGAUUCCAACCUUCAAAAUCCCGAAUCUGUCGCGGUUCUUCGUGAUAAAGUCGUGUAGAUCUGAGCAUAUCCAAAUUUCAACCAAAAACGGUGUCUGGUCAUCAACAGAGUUAGGAAAUCGUCGUCUCUCGCAAGCUUAUUGCCAGCGGGAGCCCGGCUCCCGCAUCUUUCUCCUUUUUUCCGUGAAUGGGUCAGGCUGCUUCUGUGGGCUCGCAGAGAUGACGAGCAAUCUCAGAGACGCAAAAGCCAACUUUUGGAUGGAUAAGAAGAGGUUUCAGAAAGUUUUUUCUGUGCGGUGGCUGAUUGUACGCAAUGUACCCAACAGACAAGUUCGCCAUUACUUAAACCCGAUGAAUGAUAUGAAAUCUGUCACACAAUCGAGGGAUACCCAGGAGUUACCAUUGGAGGUUGGGCGCUCGAUUGUUAAGAUAUUUGGAGAGCUGCCAGAACCGCUGUCACUUUAA